CCAUGAAAUACAAAAUACUAUUAGUGCUAUUAGCAACAGUAUGUUGUUUCAAUUACCUUCCUGAAGUAGAAAUAGAUUUGAGUGCACCUCCAAGAUAAAGAUGGAAGGAAUCAGUUAGAACAGUAUUAACAUUAUAUGGAUAUGACAAUUCAUUUGGUCCAGUAUUUCAGUUUCACAAUGAUAACACUUUCAGUAUUUUGGCUCCUGAAGAUUAUACUACAAUAGCAAAUGCAAUUAGAAAGAAUUUCCCAGAAUAUACAUUAGAAUUAGAAGGAAUUGUUGAAGAAUUCAAUAGACCAGAGGUUACUUUUGAGUAUAUGGCUGCUUGGGCUUAUUUCCAUGAAAUUGGACACAUUACAAGCAAUAUUACUGAAUGCACAGGUGUUUUAUUAUCAAUUGGUGAUUAAGUAAUUCAUGGCAGAAAUAUGGAUUAAUAUCCAGGUUAAGCAAGAAAUAUAGUAUUGCAUUUGACAAUUAAGAAAGAUGGAAAAUAUUUAGGAGAAUCAGUUGAUUGGUAUUGGUUUAAAGUUGGAUUUGUUACUUUAUUGAAAUACAAUGUAGCAUCACUUGAAGAGAAUUGGAGAUUUGGUGAUCCUUUAAGCAAAAAUCAAUUAUUGACAUUUAUUUAACAAGGUGUACCCUCAUUGGCAUGGGCAUAUAGAGAUGUUUUAGUGAAUGAAAAAUUGAAUACUUUUUAAAAGGUUGUAUCAUAUCUUGAAUAAAACCCAGUUGCAUGUGCUCUAUACAACAUAAUUGGAGGAACUAGUAAAGAUUAGGGAGUGAUUAUUUCAAGAGAUCCAUUUGAAAUUUAUCCAACAAUAUCAUUAAGCAGUUUACCUUAAGGAUAAAAUGGAUUCAAGUAUUUGGUUUAAACAAAUUAUGAUCAUUGGUUACCAGAUCCUGAAGAUGAUUAAAGAAGAACCAUUGCAGAAAAUUUAUUAGCAAAGAUGCAAAAUAAUCUGUUAAAUGAAUUUGGUGUAUAUGCUGUUAUGGAUACUUAUCCAAUUCACAAUGAAGGAACUUUCUAUACAGUGAUCAUGAAUGCCAAAUACAAUAGAUUAAUAGCAUUUGGAUAACCAAGUAUCACAUUAUCUGAUGAAUGAG